AUGGCGAUGAUGCCUCAGUUGACACUAACCUUGCCACUAGGGUUUAAGUUCCAGCCAACGGACCAGCAACUCGUCGUCGACUACCUACAGAGACGUGUCGUCGGGGAGUCGUGCAUUAUUCCCACUGUCGUUGGUCUUGACAUGGAAGGCUUUGAUCCAUGGCAUAUCCCAGGCAUGCCACUAUAUGGGGAUAAAAAGUGGUACUUCUUCAUCAAGACGGACCAUGUGGACCGAACUUGUGUGCGGAUGGCACCAUCAGGGUCCUGGAAGACUACCGGCACAAAUAAGACAAUCUUUGUCACAGGUGCACAGGGGGUGCCAACUGCAGUCAAGAGAGCGUUUGUCUUCUACCUUGGCCAGCCAUCCUUGGAAACCAACAAGACAUCGUGGAUUAUGCAUGAGUACUGUCUCACUAACCCGAGUACGGAAGAGAUUGUUCUUUGUAAGAUCUCCAAUAAAAACCAGCACGAACUACGUGCUGGGUUAUAUGAUGUUGCAUAUAAUCUCAUCAUUCACUUUGAACCCCUAGCAAUGGAGCAUCCUAAUCAUGUCAGUGGCAUUGAUGCUACUGCUGCUACUGAUGAUCUAGGUGACCUUGACGAGGAGAAUGUCAGCAACAAUACCACCACUACCAACAACUUUUAG